AUGAGCUUGGCCCGAGCAACACUGGUACUGAUUCCUCUGCUGGGAAUCCAUGAAGUGGUCUUCACUGUGCUGAUAGAUGAAUGCGUGGAGGGCAGCAGUCGCUACGCCAGGAACUUCGUCAACCUCACUCUCAGCUCAUUUCAGGGAUUCUUGGUUGCUGUGCUGUACUGUUUUGCUAAUGGAGAGGUCCAAGCUGAACUGAAGAAGCGCUGGCAACUCUUUCUGUUUACCAACCACUUCCAGUUCAGGAGCUGUUUUCAGGGUGUGCCGCUCAAACAUCUGUGGAAGUGCACUCAAGUGCACCGCCCACACUGCUCUCGGCAGAGUUACUCCUACGACGAGGGUGGCACCUCCACAACGCACCCACAUCUGCUUCAGGUGGCUGUACAUGGAGGAGGUGGGGGGCUUGGACUAGGAGAGGUUAAAGGCCAGGGGUUGAUGGGCUGUGACACAACAGGGCUUGACUUUCUCACCAGGAAGAGCCUGUCCAGUAGUGAUGGAGAGAUAACGCUCGGGGAGACCAUGGAGGAAAUUAUAGAGGAGAGUGAGUUCUGAUCUCCUUUAGUUUGUUGGUAUCACUUAACAUUAAGUGAUGCGUACUGACAGAAAGAUGAAGGCGAAAUUACGAAAUAUACCCUUCCAUGAAGGAAGGAAGAGUGACAGAAAGUGAACAUCAACUAAGUUGAGUCUUGGGGCGUUGUCCUGUAGAUGGGCUCUGUAAAAUCUAGACCUUCAUUAUUUGUUUAUAUUGUGCAUUUGUAUUCCCAAAUAAAGCCAUCUCAAAAUAGUUGACACAGACAACCUUAUGGACGGGUUACACGACGAAAUCCUUGCUAAAUUAGCCGAAAUACAGGCUUGGUAACUACUUGCAGGGCUAGUUGGUGAGCUAAUUGCUAACACUUCUAGAAAGCUGUUUACUCCCUCUUGGCAGUAAUCCCCUAAUUUGCUAGCUUGCUAACAGACAGUAAGCAAGCGUGUUAGCUUGGUCGCUAGUGGGACGAUUCCACACAUUAGCAACAUUAUCAGGAGAUGUAUUUUUGCCAUCAACUCCUCUUUAAAAUCUCCAACAGAGGAGGGUUAGCUUAAAAAUAGAAGUGGAUAGUGUAACACAGUUAAAAACGCUGAUUGGUCAGUACUGAUCUUGUUAAGUACUGUCAGGACGGUUUGCUGUCGAUUCACCAAAAGACCAAGAAAGAUUUGCAUGGAUUUACAUAAAUUUACUGAUCACAGUGAUUCCAUUUGGACUUAAUUUAUUUUACUGUGAAAUGUCACCGUUUUAAAUGCUGGUGUAGCUAGACCUUAAGUACUGAUUGGUCUCUGGGUCUCAAAUACUGAAGUUUCUAUGUGUAGUCGAAUGUGUGCACUAUAAAGAUCCUAUGAAUUGAUGUUAUUACUUCCUUAAUGUGAUGUACAGAAAGUUUGAUUAAAUAGGAAGGGCAAACAGAUGUUAAAUGGGAUCAAUGGGAUUUCUUAGGUUCAGCACGGGGUUGCCACUGUAAAUGCACUGUUUUCAUGACUUAUCUACGGUAACAGCGUAAACAUACAUUGACUUACAUGCAACUGCAGGCAUAUAAGGUUAAGUUUGUGCAAUUUUGUACUCACAGAAAAAAUGUACAGUGCAGCUAAUACUAAACAAAUGCAACAGCAGUGUUUUCACAGUUUUAUGUACCAUGUAACAUCUUACUAUAUCUGGCCAGUUAUAAAUAUCCAUAUGACACAACAUCUGGAUUGAUAUGUGCAUAUAAAUACAAUGUAUUUGUUGUCUGAAUGUGAAUAAUGCAAAGGCUCUAUGUGCAGCAAGUUUUAAAGGCUUUUCCUGUUUUCUAUGCAUUUGAAGCUUAAAAUGUAUCAAAGAUAUUGUUGUACAGGUAAAACUAUCACACAAUUUGUACAUGUAGCUUCACAACAAUGUAUGUGCACAAAUUAAACAACAGUUAAACUGUUA